UCUGGUAACACUGAUUCCAACACUCAUUAUCGUUCCAAAUGAAACGCAAAAAGGUUCAAUUUUUAUUUUCUUCCACGUUUUCGGCAUUUAUAUUAACGUAAAGAUGGCUCUAUAGUUUGCGCGCAAGCAAAAACAACCAGCACCUAGGUGCCCAAACACAACAAAAUGGAAACGUAUAAAAAUCAAAACGCCAUCAUGGCAUCUUCACAACAACAAAACACAGCGCGAAAACAAACAUUCUCAUUCUUCGGACCGGAUUUCAUACUUUCAAAACAAAAUAUAUCUUUGACCCCUGAUUUGAACUCUGAAUAUGGACGCAUCAUUUCACCAAACCAUGGAGAGCUUGCAGUUGCCCAAGGAGCUGUACUGGGACCUCAAGAUGGAGCCACAAUCCCCAACAUCGGUUUUGGGCUCCGAUCUGUUUCCGCUUACUGACUCAAGCGAUACGGAGUGGCUAUAUGACGAUAACUUUGCAAAUGGCAUUAUUCUUAUUGGCGAUGAUGAGGCUAUGACCCUGAAUGAAGCAGCCUCUCUCGAGUUACUUAGCGAUGAGGAGAUGGUUGUAGAGAUCUUUGACCUGAAAGAUGAAGAAUGUCUUUUGGACCAAAAGGCAACGUUGAACUGCAUCGAUUUUGAGAGUAACAGUUAUCAGCCCAACAUCAAUGUUAUAACUCAGGCCAUAGUACCCGAAAACAAAGUACAAUUCGCUGCAUCUUCAGACGCUGCUUCGCUUCUUUCUGCCGCCGAUUACCAGCUCAAUGAUGGUCCAUCACUUGUUCUACAGCAAUUAACGCCGCCGCAGUCUCCGCCUCAACAAUUCGAUAGUUACAAACAGACGGUCGAUGCACUGCCAAAACCCGUGCUCGUAAAGGCCGAGCAAAAGGUGCAAUGCUAUACUCCUGAUGUUACAAACGCAGUUUCUGCCACGACCUUUAACUUUAACAACUGGGUAGGCGGCAGCGAAAUUGCCCGCGAGAACCAACUGGUCGAUGAUAUCGUCAAUAUGCGUGCUAAGGAGCUCGAGUUCUCCACGAACUGGCAGCAGUUCAACGAGGACUGCGAGUCUCAGGCGUCUUCAUCUUUAGACAGCAGAAGCACAGAAAGCGGAGUGUGCAGCAGCAUCGCCGACGCCGACGAGGACUGGGUUCCACAGCUUAUCAGCAGCUCCUCCUCGCCAGCUCACACACCUAUCGAGCAGUCUGCGUCCCAGCCAAAAAAGCGCACUCGCACUUACGGGCGAGGUGUAGAGGAUCGAAAGAUCAGGAAAAAGGAGCAAAACAAGAACGCUGCCACACGAUAUCGCCAGAAAAAGAAACUUGAAAUGGAGAAUGUGCUGGGCGAGGAGCAUGUGCUGUCUAAAGAAAACGAGCAGCUUCGUCGCACUCUGCAGGAGCGUCGCAACGAAAUGCGUUAUCUGCGCCAGCUAAUCCGAGAGUUCUACCAAGAACGCAAGCGCUAGGCUCUGUUGAAAUCAAUUUUAUGGUCGUUUGCAAAGUUAUUGUUAUAAUCAAACCUAAGCCUCUUCCAUACACUAAUCAUCAUCAUAAUGUUUCAAUGUAAUACUAUCAAUAACAAUCUCCGGGUUGCCCAAAAUCUACAAAUCACCAGAGUACGCAGCCUGUCCUUUGUCCUAAAUUUUUGGCACUAAUGACGAGUCUCUGAAUUCGGAAAUAUUUGUUGCCAGUGGUGACUAAAGGCGACCCUAUAUCCAAAGCAGCACGGUCCAUUGUAAAACACUUUAAUUGAAAAGCUCCUUGAUUUAUUUUUCUGCAAAUCGGACAGUGUUGCGGCUGCUGUGCUAUUUAAAAAAAAACAUAUUUUUAAUCUGGUAGCAUCCCUAAAGAUGUAAAUUUAUUUUAACUUUUCAAUUAUUUUUAUUCUUAUUCAACAUUGAUCAGUAAUAAAUCAAAAGGGUUUUUAAAAGUUA